AUAAUUAAUAAGGACGAAAAGUCCAUGUUGUAUAAUUUGAUACGGAAAUAGCUUGUUACGCUUGUACGAUCAUUUUUUUUUCAAUAGAAGGUCAAAUCAUUCCUAAUUUCAUUUUACUUAUUAUUCCAUAUUAGUUUUUGUUGAAUAUACUCCGGCAUGGGUUACAGAGUGAAUUUUUCUAAACUAAUUUUCAAAUUUGUGAUUUUCAUCAUCGGAAACGAAAUUAGUGGAGUGAACACAUAUGAGUCUACCAAUUACGUAACAACGUUCUGCCCUUCAAACACGCAAUGCGUUCCUUUAUCAUCCUGUCCAAUAAUCGGUAAUAUCAUCAGCAGCGACUGUCUGCUCAAUAACAAUGUUGCGCAAUUGAGCUGCGGGUAUCGAGGUUCGGGGUUAAUAUGCUGUCCCCAAAUCGCCGAAACCACCACGAUUCUACCGGGAAGGGUAGUGGAUGGACAGAGAUGCGGAAUGUCGCAGGUGCAAGGUGAAGGUUACGAAGGAAUUGGGGCUUAUCCUUGGAUUGGACGGAUCGGUUUCAGGAACGCGUUAACUGGAGAAACGAAAUUUCCGUGCACGGGUUCCAUCAUUGAUCCGAGAAUCAUUUUGACGGCGGCGCAUUGCGCUCUGGCUAAAGCGGACAAUUUUAAACUACACAUGGUACGUGUCGGGGAAUAUAACACAAAUACAAACAUCGAUUGCGGCGAGGAGUUUUGUGGUUUGCCUACUCAAGAUCUUGUAAUAACCCACGUGAUCGUUCAUCCCGGUUACAAGAAAGAAACUUUCGAAAAUAAUGUGGCACUACUGGUUCUAAGAACUCCCAUGAAUUUCACAGUGACUGCUCAACCGAUAUGCUUGCCGGAGUCUUGGUCAGUGACUAGCAACAAUGGUUUACUUGUGGGAUGGGGGAAAGCAGCUGGACAAACUUAUGCUUUGCCUAAGCAACAAGUGUUGCAUUUACCUAUCGUAAGCAUUCAACAAUGCGUUCGAGUUUACGGGGGGUCACUACCGGUCACGGAAGAUCAAAUUUGCGCUGGGGGGGAAGCAGGAAAUGACGCGUGUAGUGGAUUCGGGGGAGCACCGUUAUUAGUUAGACACGGCAAUACUUAUUACCAGGUUGGUAUACUUUCUUUCGGAUCUGACCGAUGUGGAAGUGCAGGAAUCCCCAGCGUUUAUACAAAUAUAAAGAAAUACGUUAAUUGGAUAAGAGAAACCAUGCAACUAUAUUAAUAAUUCGUUAUUGGUGGAAUUGGUAAUUUUUACCUACGUGAUAGUGAAUCCGGCAACAGCGCUGCCUGUUGGAAUAUUUACACGACUGUCGGUCACGAUUAUUUCGAAACAUCCUGUAUAAUGGUCGGGAGUAGGGGCUUGGUAAAUAAAAACACAUAAAAGAAA